AUGGUUGAAGAUAUGAAAGGAAAAAUCCGGGUCUUCUGCCGCAUAAGACCCAUGAGCAAAGUGGAAUUGAGCCGUGGAAGCAGCCCCGUGGUAGACUGCCUGGACGAUUACUCCGUCACAGUGGACACCCCACGAGGCUUGAAGGAGUUCCAGUUUGACAAAGUUUUGGGAAUGAUAAGUUCUCAAGAGGAUGUUUUCCAGGACGUGAGCAGGCUCAUUCAGUCUGCAGUUGAUGGCUUUAAUGUCUGCAUCUUUGCAUAUGGACAGACAGGCUCUGGAAAAACUUUCACCAUGGUUGGCGACAAGGACCUGAGGAACCCAGGCAUCAUGCCACGAGCAUUUAGAACUAUAUUUGACAUUAUGCAGGAGAACACAUCUAAGUUUGAUUUUAAGGUCUGGACCUACAUGCUGGAGCUCUAUAAUGAACGCCUGCUGGACCUCUUUGUCUGCCCCACUGAUGCUCUCAGCAAAAAGAUUGAAAUCAAGAAGGACAAAAAGGGACUUGUGUUUGCUCAUGGAGCUGAGACAAAGGAGGCAGCCAGUGCAGAAGAGCUUUUUGCACUGUUCGAACAGGGCUGUGCCAACCGGCAUAUAGCAGCCACAAAGAUGAAUCUGGAGAGCUCCCGUUCUCACCUUAUAGUUGGGAUCACGGUCGAGAGCACGAACCUCACUAACGGCAGUGUAAACUACGGGAAGCUCAGCCUUGUGGAUUUAGCAGGAAGUGAGAGAGCUGCAAAAACCGGAGCCAGAGACGACCAGCUGAAGGAGGCCAAUUCCAUCAAUAAGUCUCUGAGUGCCCUGGGUGAUGUCAUUUUUGCUCUAAGCACAGAGCAGGCCCAUGUCCCCUACCGCAACAACAAGCUUACACAACUCAUGCAGGACUCACUGGGGGGUAAUGCCAAGACCCUCAUGUUUGUCAACAUCUCCGCCUCCAGUUGCAGUAUGGAAGAGACCCUCACAUCCCUGAUGUACGCAACACGAGUUAAGGCAAUAACCAAUAAUGCUCAGAAAAACUCAGAGAGCAAAGAAAUAGCUCAACUUAGAGAGGUGGGAGGAUCUGACGAGUUGACACUCACAAUCCUUUCUCUGUUUCUGGGACCUGGGCCAUUGCGUGCCUGGCCAUAA